GCGGGCCAUCCCGCCCGGACCCUGGGCUUGGAAGCAACAAAACUUGGGACUGGUGGAGUGUCGCCUGGGAUGGCGCCUACCAUUACGUCGGAAACAGCUGGUGGAUCAAAAUGUGGGUAAGGAUGCUGUUACAGGUUGCAGAGAAUGGGAUAAGCUACUGUGGGACCCUUUGUGCCUCAAUUGGCUUAGCAGCCCGAUGGAGCUAUUGGCUCCUUACCGGGAUGGUCCUCGUCUUCUUGCUCCAGUUGCUUGUCUGGACCUACACGUGGGUCAUUCAUCCGACUUGGAUUCACUCCAGGGCCCUCUGGCGAUACUGCCAAGGGACAGGCACUUGGAGCGAUGUGACACGCUUGCAGGGGCAGAGGCCUUUCAUACCCGUCUGGAAAGGGCCGGGUACAGGAACACCAUGGUCCGCCUUGUACAUCCAGCGCGAGGACCGGGAGGUCAACCUGCAGGAACUAGCAGGAAGGGGCCCCUGGGGACGGUGCGCGGUGAUCACAAGCUUUUGCGGGAUACUUUGGUGCCGCUGUUUCGGCCGCAGCAUGGCGAGAUGCGGCCGAGCUUGGUGCUGGUGUCUGUGGUGCCGGUGUUGCCGUACGAGGUCGCUCUAGACAACUACGGCAAGGUAGUUCCUCUUGCUGCUGGACCAUGCAGAGACGUGGCCCGAGGUUGUCCCGUUGUGCUUCUACAAGCUGACCGAUCCAACAGCUGUCUUGAUGGAUUACCAACCACUGAAGGCGGCGACCCCUGCUUUCAUGCCUGUGAGUACCACAGGUCCAUGUACCAGGGCUCGCUUCUGGGUCGAGCAUGUGCGGUGCAGGGGUGCCUGCAUCCAGUCACAGGGACCAGGAAGGGGGUCAACUUUUGCAAGUUGCACGGAGCCACAGAGGAGAAGCCCCGGGCCAAAGCCGCACCUAGGGCACGCGAAGCUUCACCGCCCCGGGUAGAUACCGACCAAAGGUCAGAGACCGCGCGUCAACCAGAGAGACCAGGAGUCAACGCGAUGCAGGGUGCGGUGGCUGACAAGGCAGACCUAGCCGAGCUCCUGGUCGAGCUGCUCCAGGGCAAAGAGGCAGAGGAAGCGUAUCAGGACUCGCUGACUUCCCUGGCGAAGGCCUAUGUGCAACAACACAAAGACUUGGAAACGCGGGAAUCACCCGCCUGGAGAGCACUCAACCGCCUUGCGCAUCCCCCUGCCGUCUGUCAAGAACCAGAAUAUGACCCCGUAACUCGGAUGCUGGAAGCCACGUUGGAGAGGCCUACAGAAGAAGAGAAAUCCGACACGCCAGCCCCACGGCUGGUAAGGCCGGCCUCGGCUCCUGCGAGCCAUUUCCCGGGUCCUCGCACCUCCGGUGAGCUCGCGGCGAGCUUGUUUCGCCCCAAGAGCGAGAUCGAUUCGGUCCUGCCGCGCCCGAGGCUUGUUUCGAGCCCGGGAGCGGUUGGAACUUUCCCAGGAACGCCCGGUCCAGCAGGUUCCGUAGGGAUGCAGGGUUUACACGCCUUCCGACCCUUUCAUGCUGGAGCCUACACUGAUCCGGGACCUCCGGCCCUCGAUGAAACUUCAAAAGCUCUGCAGACAAUCGCAAAAGUUAUGGCGGCGAAGGAAGACCCAGCUGCCCAAGAUCGAGGGAAGCUGUCCUCGAUCGGCAGAACAGAGGAGAGGAUGCUGUACCUGGCUAGAGGGUGCGACACGCUGACGGUGCACCUUGGGGAAGCCACGGUCGGAAAGGAGCUGUACCACGCCCUAAAGUCUGUAGCGACGCAGAACCGGCCCUUGUUGAGAGAAAUCAGCUUCCCGGUGAACAUUACCAACCGCAUCGCCUUUGGGGCCGCUUCCCUCAGUUUCGGGGGCAAAGGUAAUCCGCCUGACUAUUGCCUCACUGUGGCCGAUUUUGCCCAGACCUCGGAGGAGGAGUUUGACUUGUUUAGCCCGCCUGGGGAUAACAAGCUGGAAAAACGGGCGCGGAACCCUACUACUCUGUCCAAUUGGUACCGAAAUGCUCUACGCCAAGCUUGGGCCAUGGCAUGUAUCCUGGGGGCAGAGUACUAUGGCAGUUGGGAGAAGGCUGCGGCACAACUCCUUAAGUUUGGGGAAGAAUAUGCCCAUGCGUGGCCGUUGCACUCGGUCAUGAGUGUGUGGGAGGAGCUCUGGGCUCGCUUCACGGAAGAGUUAAGAGCGCUCGAUCGAAGAACCAGGCGGGAAAUGCAAGACGAGAGCCCUAGCUUUGACCGUCUUCGGUUUUUCGCCACCUCCCCCGGGGACAAUGGCGAACCCUGGCUCCGGCUGCCUCAAACUUUCGACCUUCAGGCACCAGGAGAGUACUUCCAAACGGAUAUUGUUCCUCGCCAACAGCGCAUGUUGGAUCGUGCUUGCUGGUCAAUGGCCCUUAAGAGACCGUCCCCACUCACUGGCGGACGAGCUGGAGCUGAAGAUAUCGGCGGACCAGACAAAGCGCAACCGGAACCCGCCCCCCUCCUGGGAAAUGCUUUGACCAGCAAGGAGGCGGGCCGCUCCAUGGAUCACCGCCCGAAAGACAAAGACGGGAAGUAUCUGUGUUGGGAUCACUUUUCCCACCGCAAAUGCAACAAGGGAAAAGAUUGCCCGCAUUCGCACCAUGGCAACGCGCCACGCUGGGAUACUCUCGAUUGGAGCGUGCAGAUGCAACUCUUGCGACGAGGCGGGCAUCCCGCCCGUCCGAAACUCAGAGGAGACCAGGUGGACGCUGCCAUCGAAUCCAUCCGAAAGGAGCAAGCCCAGAAGCUAGAGUCCAACAUUCAGGAAGGCAAAAGGGCGAAAGAAAUGGCUAAGCGGACCGGGGGUCCUCCUCCUCAGGAUGCCUCGACCCAAUACCGGGAAGACACCCGAGCUGGCUGGACCCCAGCGCCAGCGGCGCUAGCCAAUUUCGCCGCCACUGAUAUGGAAGAUCCCCUUGCUCGACUUAUGACAGGAGAAGCUGCUGCAAGUUGGACUCUCGACCACGCGCCCCCCGCUGUGCGCACGGUCACUUACCGGGAGCCACCCGACUCUGCCACGAUCCAAGCCAAGCGUCACUGCAUGGACGAGAUUGACAGCUGCGGCCUUCUCCCAGAUCUACCCCAGCACCUGGGCAUCUAUCUGCGCAACCGGCUGACAGCCGUCAAUGACCGGGCUCCAAACGCUCACGAUGUUCAAGAAUUCCUUGAGGACGCUAUUCGAGAAGGCAGUGCAGAACUUGCUUCAGAAGCUACUGACUAUCUCCAUAAUCACCCCGACACGCAUGUUGGGUCGCGAGAGGGACGCGGAGCAUUGGGGCAAUUCUCAGCACACGGCUUCGACGGGUACUCUUGGGCGACCUUUCGCUGGAGAGACGGUGACCAUGCGGUCUAUGACUACGGCGACCAGCUCGCACCCGUGCAUCCUGAGCUGCAACCUCUGGAAUGCCCCAAACCAGAGACGGAGCCCCGACAGUGCUUCUACCUGCAUGUGGCCGCUGGACUUCUGGCCCAUACCACGAAUCGUGUGCCUGCUCUCUCCGAGGUCCGCCUCAAAGCGGCAGCCUUACAGGAGGAAACUUUCCGCCUGGCGAUGGCUUGCGCGGACAACUUGGGCCCGGAACCUGACGUUUGCACUCAAGCUGAAGACGACUUGCGCAUCUUCGUGCACGACGCUCUCUUCUUCGGCCACGACAAGGAUUACCGGUGCCUGGCAGCCUUUCCCUUGCCAGAGGCCGCGGACGUCUCGUUUUGUCUUGUCCGCAUGGACGCUUGGAACCGCACCUCUUGCGAAGUCAUCCAGGGGGCCCACAGUCGUUCCGACCCGAAGUCCCUUAUCUGGCUCCUGGUUCACCAGGGCCACAUGCGGUUACUCCUCCCGGAAGUCACGACUUCUAUCCCGGACAACGUGCGGAUUGUCACUGCUGCUGGCUGGGAAGUCCACCUGGAAGCGGCCGCCGAGCACGGGGCGCGUCAUCGCGCCCGUGCCCCGAAACCAUGCCCGCGCUGCCAAGAUGACCCUAUGCGCCGUACCGGCGUCACCACCGGGGUGUUCGGCUUGUACCCUUUUCCCGCUGAGACGGCUGCCUUAGAUUUCCGGGCAGGAGCAUCUUGGUGGGAAGUCGACGAACCCCCCUCCGAACAAUGGGCCCGCGAGGACCUGCAGGACCGCAACUUCUGCGAUGGCCGUGUGCGCUCUCUUCUUCGCGCAGCUCUCACUCUCUUGCGCCCUCGCCACGUGUGGGUCCUCCUGCCCCGCACGGGCCUCGGCCGCGGGCCUGAGUCUUCCACCAGCGCCUUGGGGUCUUCUGCCCACCAGCACCUGCAAUUUACGCUUGAGCUUGGUCAGCAUCAGUUGAACCUGCCCGGGCACUUCACUCUUGUUCACCCUCUGACCAGUCCCGUGUGGAAAGAUCCCGCGGCCAUCCAGCUUCUUUCGCCAUUUCACCGGGUUCGCCUUCCAGCUUCGCCCGUUGACCCCAUGACUGCGGCGCUUUGUGGACCGUCCCCGGCCGCCUACUUGUGCCUGAAAACCACCUCUUCGGCGCUGGCUAUUGCCGUUGGGUCGCCCUCAUCGGAGUUGCCGCAUUCCUCUCCCCUCGCCUCCGUCCUCUUCGACGGCGCUGAGGCGUGUUUCGCGCCCGGCGCCGGCUUGCGACGGGCGGGGGGCCCCCUGGCGCGGCCGCUAGACCCGGCAGUCGAGCAGGCGACAAAGGAAUAUCUGGAUUUCUUCCGAAACCGAGCUUUCUCCGCUGAACAUUUCGCGUCUGCUGCUCAGAAAGGAUCGGCUCUUCUGGCAGCAGCCGGUGGAUGGCAAGAAGCCCUCCGGGCUAUCCGCAGGGUCUGGGUGCAGGAACGAGGCGAUCACAUGUCUGGUCUGCACAGUGACUUCUUUGAGGGGCUGGUUCACCCGGCAGUUUUAGAAAGGGCGAGGCAUGUGGCUAUCUGGGGAGUCGAGGCAUCUGCUGACUUAGAGGAAACUACUCGGACCAAGAGUGCGCCUCACCCGAGCUUGAAGGAACACCUCGACGAAGCUGCUGCGCAACUCUGGGACGACGCCAGCAAAGGCCGUUCCCUGCUCUGCUUCGACACCGGCAAGGGCUUGGAAGGGGUUGUGUCAGUCCCAAUGGCCAGGGUCCCCAAGAUGAAUCCAGACCGCACGGUCUCCGAUAAGGGUAGGGUCAUCUGGGACGCCACGCCGGUGAACAGGUACUGUCACAAGUCCCGGCACCCGCCUGCGCUCCAACCACGACACCAGGAGGUCGCCAGAGCAAUACUGUGGUGGAAGCUUCGGUACCCUAGGAUCCGAAUCCUGCUCAGCAAAAAGGACGUAUCCGAAGCCUUCAAGUGGAUCCCGGUUCGGCUAGAGGACUCCAAGCUUUUCGCUGCAGAUCUUCCAGCUGAAUACAGCAAUACUCAGGAAGGCAUCACCAUAGUCUAUGGGUUUUUGACUUUUGGCUGGUGCGGUGCGCCCGGAGAGUACAUGCACUAUGCUUGGGUCAUUAAACUGGCUCACGAAGCCUUCGCGCCCGAAAACUCCAGGUGGGAGGAUACAGUCCCAUACCAUUCUUUCGUCCUCAUGGACGACACGGUGCUGAUCGAACCCGAGAUUGGGCUGAGACCGGAAACCUCGGUGGCACUGACGGAGCAUCUGACUCGUGCUGUUCUUGGGGAUGCCAGCAUCAACGAAGGAAAGGAUUGGCUUGAGGGACGGUUGGAAACUCGCAAACUUAUUUGGGGGCUCAUUUACGAUACCCAAACCAACACCCGAAGCCUGCCAAGUGCCAAGCUGGAGAAGGCGUAUCACCUCCUGCACUUGCCUGACUUUGACAGUGGAUGCACUCAUGUCUCGCUGCGCCUCAUCCAAGAAUUGAGAGGCAACCAGCAGUUUUGGUUGGCGGUGCUCCCGGGCCUGAGCCCGUAUUUGGGGUGUACAAAUGACCUCCUUGGCCCUGCGGACCCGCAGGGCCAGGCUCGAGCCAAAGGGGAUGAGAAGCAACAAAGAGAGACUUGGAACCGAUUUUGGGAGGCUAUUGAGCUUCAACGUUUGUUGGUGGACGUCAGCGCCUCUUGGGAGGUCCGGUUCACUCACCCGCUCAAUGCGGCCCUCUCGAUUUCGGAACUGCUCUCCUUCCCAGGGAUGCAAUCCCAGGUGGUUUGGGCCUGUGGAGAUGCCACUCCAGAAAGGGUGGCGGCAGUUGACUGGCAUGGAAAGGUAGCAAUUGUCGAGCCCGCGAGCCUCGUUUGGCAACGGAUCCGCUACUUCUGCGGAGGGGAAGAGGGAACUGACGAGGAGCAGUCGGGACCGUACUCCGAGGAUCGAACCGAUCCCGAAGAUGGUCUUCUGAUCUCACUCGCCGAGCUCCUCGCCGUGGUGUCACUCGCCUGCACCCGCUGGACUGCUUGGAGGGGAAAGAUUGUGAUUUACGCGGGGGACAACCAGAACGUUAUCUCCUGGCUUGAGAAAAGACAGGUUGCCGACAGCCUCACGCGUGCCGAAGCACAAAGCAUUCUGGAGGAACAUGGGCUCCGUAAGCUCCCGUUCUCGGAGGUGCUCUUGGGGACUCUCGACAAAGGUUGGACUCGAAGGGCCCUCCUUUGGGAUGGAAUGGACCAUGGAGAUAAGGCUGCAGCCCUCCAGUUAGGGCUCCGAAGGCAUCCAGAGGGUCCGAAUAAGCACCCGUUUCCGUUGAAAGAAGGUCUGGUGUGCGCUGAGAUUGGAGAGGCCGGCCCUUAUAAAAUCGAGCUUGUCUCCAAGGGGCUUAUCGUCCAGAGACACACCCUGGAAGAGGCAAGCCACCGAGAAUGUACCCCGGAGCGGUAUGUGUGCCUUUUCCACCCAGGCGGCAGAGGCGAAGUGGCUACGGCUGCUCGCUUCGCCGAGCUUGCUGUGAGGUGGGAGCCGGAAGGAGUCUGGGUCGAUUCCAUCACCUCUCAUGGCCCCAGAGCAGCCGAAAGAAUUCUGGAGGAUGCAGGAUGGCAUACCCGUGUCUUCCAAGUCAGCGACCGCACUCUCCAGGAUCAGUGCUGGUGGAAGCGAUGGAUACUGAUGGCGGUUCCCGCAGAAAAGCGCCUGCCUCCAGCACCCUGUCUUACGCUCGACGCGGAACCCGCUACGCCACCCUUGCACACUUACCCCACUGAAUGGUUGUUGGAAGACAAGAAGGUACCAGACGCCACCUGGAAAACUGGUCGCCUGAAGCUGGACAGCGCUAUGCCGCACCUGGGUCAGGCUACUCCAAAGCCUCGAGGGCUCAUGGGUACCCCCCGCAGCCUGGCUCUGGUAGCGGGCCGUUGGGCGAGCGCUCUGGGGACGGAUCGGGGCGCCAGCGGUAGUUGCUUUGAGCCCGAGCAGUCCAGCGCUGCUGAGGCGAAGGCUGAAAGUCGGGAGGCGGACGAAACUCCCGAGGCUUGCUUCGAGCCCGGGAACGCAGAUUCUGAAAGAGUCGGAAUUUGUUCGCUCCCGUGGGAAGAUAAGGCGCGAGCGGCGCUCAUGGCCUGGCUCCAAAGCAGAGGUUGGGAGGUGGAGCGGAGGGCCGGAGGCACCAAGCGCCGUAAGAAAAAGGAAGAGGACUGGAGUACCCAGUUCUCGAAAGCACUCGCCUCCUGCCUCAGACACGAAGCAGGAAGUGCCGAGUGCCACAUCACGGAGGAUGGAUGGGUCACGAUGGACCACCUGAAAGCCUUUGUUGUUGUAAAAGGCCCGGGUUCCUGCCUGAACUUGGUGAAGCGCAUGGAGUUGUGUUCCUUGGCCUUGGCCGGAUGCAGCGUGGCCAAGGAACACAACUCCAUGCGCUUCACCAAGUUCAGGCAGGAAUCCGGGCCUCAAGAAAGUGGGCAAGAUGCCGUGAUGGAGGCGGUUCGGGCCGAAGUGGAAGGCAACUGGAAACAGCGCUUCGUGGUGCGAACAGAUGAGAGCACCGGAAGGAGCUGUGUGGCAGCCUGGUCCGGGCACACCAUACCAGGGGUCGUCGGACCAGGAGUGUUGGUCGAACCCUCCGAAGUCCCUGCCCUGCUUGUGCAUGGCUCAUACCACAAGCACACGGCCAGCAUUGUGCAAAGUGGGCUGUCAGCAAGCCGCAGAAUGGUUCACUUGGUUGACCCGGAACGGGCAUCAAACAAGUGGAGGGCCGACCUGGAGACGAGAGUGCCCGUCGAUACGCGGAAAGCCCAGGAGGCCGGAGUUUCUUUCAGAGUGACGGGUAACGACGUCUGGCUGGCCGAUACCGACAUCCCGCCUGAAGCCUUGGGAAAGGUCGUCGCAUGGACGACUGACGAUUUUUGGUUCGCUUCGGAAAGCACUCGCGCCCGAGCCCGACCCGAGCAGGCGUCGCCAGUGCCCUUCUACAAGACAGGCGCCGCGGGAGCUGCAGGCUCUGGCUCAAGGCUCCCCGCCUGGCCACCCGGCAGCCUUAAGCAGGAACAGGACCUAAAGGAGGGCCUUGCUCAGACCGCGACCGGUUUGGCGUCGGCUGUUGCCGGGCUCAAGGUGGAAGAGGGAGAAGAGGAGGUCCAGGUGGACCCACGAACCUUGGAACCGACCGUCGUCACGCUCUCCGAAGCAGAUUGGAACUUAUCGGAAGAGAGUGACACGGGCCCGGAAGAGCCCCCAGCACCCGCGACCCGAACAGUGAUGAAAGAAGGCGACCGAGGAUCGGCCGAGGCGGAAAUCAAGCUCAACCCCGGCUUGAUUGAGCGGGAAGAAAGGCAAGAAGUUGCCGAGGCGCGCCUCGCGCCCGGUACCACCUCUGCCGGAUCGAGCUGGAAACCCACGCUGGUGAAGGAGCAUCAGGACCCAGAACCCGGCAAAGGAAGCCCCAAACCAGGGCAUCUCGAACCCAAACAUGAGCAGGGUGCGGAACCCGAAAGCCUUCCCCUGGAACGGGUCAAACCUCCGCCCGCAGAGGAUUCAGAGGAGGACUCGCCCAUCGGGCUCCCCGCAAGGUAUCGGCCGGUUGGUAGAGUAGAGCCCGGGCAACCCCAGGAGGAGCGAAAACUGGUCCCGGCGCAGGGUCUCAAGCUUGGCACGGGAAAGGUCAAACUGCUCCAGGCCCUCGCUGAGGCCGACACUGCCAACUGGGAGAACCUCCAAAGUGCCUUGAAGGAAGCGGAAGGGUCGGGAGGCGAGAAAGCAGCUCUAGUUGAAGACCUGGAACGCCUCACCCAGCAGCGAAAGGAAGCCGCCGAAGGAAUCAAGGAAGCCCUUGAAGCUGAGACGCACAGGGUUCGCCAAUGUGAAGAAGAAGACUCCCGGUAUCUGGAAACUCUGGAUAGCCAGGGCGAGUACAUGAGAAAGCUUGAACGAUUCAACCCAGCUCGACCCUCCAAGACCGCCAAGGUCCUUAGUUCGGACCGUCUCACUUCGGAAAUUGAAGCAGGAGUCAGCGUCUGGGUGGCGCGCCGCCGAGAAAAGGCGCGUUUGCGGGCCCAGGCUCACAGGGAGGGACUUCAGAGAGGCGCCCCUUCGGAAGGAAGCACCAAGCACGAACCAAUCGAAACACCCGAGGGAGCCGAAGAAGCACGACAGCAGGCGGCUCGGAGGGAGAUAGCUGAGUUUCGGGAACAUCUGAAGGAACAAGGAAGGGGGGCGGCGCCCAAAUACCGUAGGGCACCGGACUCCCGCCAAAGAAAAGCCACGAAGAAGAGAAACCGGGCUGCAAAGGAAGCGGAAGCUCGGGCUGUGCCGGAGGGAGCCUUGUCGCCCACGCGCAAUGAUGAUGCGGAGCGUGACACCAACCACGCGAUCGCACAUUUCCAUGGGCAAGAGAACGACCAUGCUAUGGUCCUCGCUGGGGCUAGGCACGCCUCAACCAGUAGCGCCACGGAGGUCCACCGUCGCGGUAGCCGAGGCUCGACUUCGAGCCCGGCACCGGACAAUCCUCGGCGAAGGAGCCCGCGCCCGUCCCAAAGGGGUCUUGACCGCCGCAGAGCAAACUGGCACAAAGAAGGUUGCCCCCGCACGGAUGCUUCUACCCUUUGGCUUGAAGCAUGCAAAGACUGCGUGACCAUCUCCGAAGUCGAUGACUACCAGGGGAGCGUGGAAGCCACCUGGAGCGGGGCCCGCUGGCACAAACCGCGGUGUGGGCAUACCCGAGGAAGGAACGUGGUGCGAUUCGCCCCUUGCCAAGAGUGUGCAAGAGUUGCCGCACCGUCCCAGUCUCGUGGCUCGAUACGAGGCCCAGGGCGCAACAACGAUGCUGAAAGGGACACGAAUCACGCCAUCGCGCAUUGGCUCUUGCUGGCGGUGGCACUGGGUCUGUACCUGGCUGGGGUCUGCUGGCACUGGGGUGAACCUUGCGGGGACCCACAAGAAGGUCAGGAAAAGACCCGUGUGGGGGGUCCUAGGGGCCGCAAGGUCCGAUUCGAACCCUACCACGAGUCCCUCGCGGCUGCCGGAUCUCCUACCAGUCAAGCCACGGGUAAGAAACAGAGUCUCGAGAAGCCGAGGCGGCUGGGUAGCCCUCAGGCUGCUAGGGCGGCGCAAGGGACGACUGGACCCAAGCUGGGCCUACGCUUGAAAUGCAAAGAAGAUUAUCACGAGGAAGCCAUUCGUGUCGCUCUUGAUCGCCUCGCCAUCUCCACCCGGCGGACUUAUGAAUCUCAACUCAAGUGGUGGAGGCUUUUUUGCGCUCGUAGAGGAGUCAGUUGGAUUCUCACUGGCCCCUCAAGCAAUAAGACAGAAGAAACACUCCUCAUCGACUUUCUCCUGCACUGUGCCUGCAAUGAAGGGCGCGCACCGGGAACGCUGAAGCUUCGGCUGGCCGCAGUGCGCAGCGUCCACCUUUCACUCGGCAUGGAAGAUCCCUUGGAAGGCCGAGGAAGAGUUGCCAUGGCACUGGCAGGCCUACGAAGGCGUUACAAGGUUCCUGAAAGGAGGGCGCCAGUGACCCCCAGGAUGCUCAACUAUCUGCAUGAUCGCCUCCGUGGCUCGUCUUCGAGCCCGGAGUCUGUGCUCCUGUGGGCUGGGAUCUGCCUUGGGUUCUUCUUUCUGUUGAGGGCCUCUGAAUUCCUUCCCCUUGGUUACCUUCCUCUCUCGAGACACCUGAAGGGCCACCAGGUACUGCUGUACUCCCAUGGUAACCUGUGCACUAUCAGCAACCUGGCAGAGGCCGACGAAGUUCGGGUCAAGCUCGUCGGCAGCAAGACCAAUUACAACUUGGAGACAAAUCGCAAUCACUACCGGACUGGAAACCAAGUCUGCCCAGUAGAGUCGGUUGUCCAGCUGUUCCAGAAAUUUCCGGAGAGAUAUCUGGGCGGCUGCGAAGCCACGGAGCCACUCUUUAGAACUCCCUCGGGAGAGGGAAUCCAAAGGGAAGCGAUUCAGCCCGAGGCGCGUUUCGCGCCCGGGCAGUUGCCGUUGCAAGUGCCGAAAUGGCGGGAGGGGGAUGAGCCCAAGGGGCAAAGACCUUUUCAGCCCUUUCGCGCGCAAAAACAUGUUUGGGCGCGCAGCGGUAGUUUUGCUUCUAGGGAAACCCAAAGGGUCCAAACUGUAGGAGCUUAG